GAGCUGUUGCAGUGUUUGUUGUGGGUCACAUAAAAACAUCCUGGGCAAUGUGGGGUGAAGUGGCACUUGCACUGUUCUCCUUUCUUAUUGCUGCUGCUGUAUAUAUCAUGGACACUGUUCGUAACAUCUGGGUGUGCUAUGCAUCAUAUGUUGUCUUCCGAAUUAUCUACAUGCUUCUAAUCACUAUAGCAACGUUCCAGAUUGCUACAAAUCUCAGCGUGGAGCGGUAUGCCCUGGUGUUCGGAGCCAACACUUUCAUUGCCUUAGCACUUCAGAGUCUGCUCACUUUGAUUGUUGUGGAUGCCAGUGGGCUUGGGUUGGACAUCUUCACCCAGUUCCUGAUUUAUGCCUCUUACUUUGCGGCAAUCUCACUGGUGUUCUUGGGCAGUGGCAUAUACAGUAUUAUGAGAGCUUACAGAAGACAAGAGCAGAUGCAAAGCAGAUCUCCUGAAAGCCAGUAG